AUGGCAUCAAAACUUCCAUGGUCAGUUCGGGCCACUGAUGCAGUUCAUAGGAUAACGGUACUUGGAUUAGUUGGUAUCUGUGCCGUAGGAAUUUGGGGUAUAGGAUUUAAUGUGUGGGCCAACUCAGACUUUUCGAAGAUGAAUAAGAAAAAGCUAACAUUCGAAGAGAAGCAAUACACUGAUAUGCGUCUGGAAGAGAAUGAUGAUGUGAAGUAA